AUGCUCGCCGUGGGCGCGUCCCAUGAUCCAACUAUAUUGGCGAUUAGGGACCGAGAUGGCACGCUCCCCUGUGCCCACGGCGAUGGCGGCCAUAAUGCUCGCGGUGGCAUUGGUCAUGGCACUGGCCGCUGUCGACGUCUCCGCUGUGCCCGCAACAUCCACUCGGCGGCGCCGUGGGAGCGGGUGGAUGAGGAGGUGCGGCAGCUGUACGAGGCGUGGAAGUCAAAGCACCCGCCGUGGCUGCUGCGCGGCAACGACGACGACGACCUCCUGCGGUUGGAGGUGUUCUGCGACAAUCUCCGCUACAUUGACGCCCACAACGCCGAGGCCGACCUGGGGCUCCACGGCUUCCGCCUCGGCCUCACCCCCUUCGCCGACCUCACCCUGGAGGAGUUCCGCGGCCGCGUCCUCGGCUUCCAGCAGAGCCGCCGCAACGACACGACGGCAGACGACGCCACCGACGGGCGGAGCACCCGCUUCGACCUGAACAGCGCUGGCGAGCCGCAGCCCGUCCCAGCCGCCGUCGACUGGCGCAAAAGAGCGGCGCCGUCACCCGCGUCAGGAACCAAAGCACAUGCGGUCCGUGGGUGCUGGGCAUUCUCGGCAGUGGCGGCAAUGGAGGGCAUCAACAAGAUCGUGACAGGUAAGCUCGUGGAGUUGUCGGAGCAGGAGCUGAUCGACUGCGAUCACAAGAGCCAUGGCUGCAGCGGCGGACGCAUGGAUUACGCUUUCCAGUGGGUUAUCAGCAAUGGCGGGAUCGACACCGAGGCCGACUACCCCUUCACCGGACGUGACGGCACUUGUGAUGCCAACAAGAUAAAGAAGAAGGUUGUGUCCAUAAGUUCGUACAAGAGGGUGUUGCCAGCCAACAAUGAGAAGGCGUUACAGGCGGCGGUGGCCCAUCAGCCUGUUAGCGUCGCCAUCGAGGCUGGCGGCCGUUCGUUCCAGCACUAUAAAUCGGGUGUCUUCGACGGCGUAUGCGGGACGAAGCUAGACCACGGCGUCACAGCGGUGGGCUAUGGCAGCGAGAAUGGCAAGGAUUACUGGAUCGUGAAGAACUCGUGGGGUACCAGAUGGGGCGAGGCCGGCUACAUCCGCAUGAGGCGCAACGUGGCCGCGCCCACGGGCAAGUGCGGCAUCGCCAUGGAUACCUACUACCCGGUCAAGAAUCGCCCCAGGGCAUACAGGACUGCACAGUCUGCGCUGGAGCUAGAGAUGGUUCUGGCGUAA